AUGAGACUCACAUCAAUCAACAAAGCAGGUGUUCUUGCUUGGUGUCCAAUAAGCUCGCAUACUGACUUAUUGGCUGUGGGUUCUGUUGCUGGAUCACUUGAUUGGAGGAAUGAUACAACAACUGGUGGUUCCAGUAAUGCUUCGGGAAGUGGGCCUGUAUUGGAAAUUUACAGCAUGUUACCCAGCAUCACUGAGAAACAAAUCAGUAGCUUAUCUUCGGGAGAGGAACAAGAUCAAGAAGAAAACACGGCUGUACAAGAACAGACACAAGAGGAAGUAAAAACAACAACAACACACGAUGAUGAUAUUUUCCAAAGUCAACAUAAUGACGACUUUUUCUCCAACAGCUCUACUUCAGACGAUUUCUUCAACACCCUCGCAUCAACUCAUCAUCAAAACGUUUUGGCAUCAACCGAAGAGGAAGAAAAGAGAAGAUUGGAUGCUGCCCGAAAGCAACCCAAGCUGUUGGCUCAAAUUGAAGCACCAGAUCGUUUUCAUCGUUUAACCUGGGGAAUACCUGGAUCAACUGGUGAUUCUCUUGGUAUUGUUGCUGGUGCUCAGGUCGAUGGAGUAAUUAGCCUUUUUGAUGCUAACAAGAUGGUUGAAUCAUUCUCAAAGAAGAAGAAAAUUUUGCCAUCAGAUGAAGCACUGAUUGCAAGCAUGGACAAGCACCAAAGUAGUGUCCGAGGCUUAGAAUUCAAUCCAAAGCAAGUGAAUCUGUUGGCCAGUGCUGGUGAUGAUGGCCAACUUUAUAUUUGGAAUUUGAAACAACCAAAUCAACCACAAGCGGUUGUAUUAGGAUGUAAAAAUCCACAUCAAAACCAAACCAUUUCUCACUUGCAAUGGAAUCGCAAGUUUGAAUAUAUUUUGGCAACAACCUCGCACCAAGGAACAUCGGUAGUGUGGGAUUUGAAACAAAAACGAGUGUUGGUUCCUUUCAGUAACACAGCUCAUCCAAAGUCUCGAUACAGUUCCUUGGCUUGGAAUCCCGAUGUUCAUACUCAAUUAUUAGUUGCAUGUGAAGAUGAUGACAGACCAGUCAUUGAAGUUUGGGAUUUGAGAAAGGCUUAUGCUCCAAUCAGAGAGCUCGGGGCUGGCCAACAAGGCCACCAAAGAGGUGUUCUCAGCGUUAGUUGGUGUCCUGAUGACAGCAAUCUAUUGGUCAGUACAGGAAAAGAUAACAGAACUCUCAUUUGGAAUCCAAACACAGGAGAUUUGCUGGGUGAAUUAUCUUCUGGCUUUUCUCAAGUGUCAGCAAGUAAUACAAGAGGAGGACGAACCACAAAUACAUUCCCUCAAGAUGAAUACCAAAAUUGGAUUUUUGACGCUCAAUGGUCCUAUAGAUCAUCACUUGUUUCAACAUGCUCAUUCGACAAGAAGAUUCAAGUUUACGCUGUUCAAGACGCUAGCAGUGUUGCAACAGGUGAGUCUGAUGAGUUGACUGAAACAGUCAAAAAGUCAAACCAAAAUAUUACUCAGCCUGCUCCUGCUGUUUUGAAAACAGCACCAAAAUGGCUUAAACGUCCAGCUGGUGUAUCUUGGUGUUUUGGAAAUAGACUAAUCACAUUCAGCAAUACUUUGAAACAAGAAAGUGAGGAAAAGAGCUUGGAAAAGAACCAAAGCGUUCAGCAAUACAUGAGUCCAAAUCCAAUAUCGAUUUACAGUGGAGCAUCUGCUGUUGCUUCUGCCACUUUUGAUGAGUCUGAGACUGAAAAACUUGUAAAUUUCAACAAGCAAGUUAUCGAGUUGGAGAAAGUAUCUCUAUCGCAAACAUCUCCACAAGAAAAGAGAGAAAUUUCUGUACAAUUCUGUAAGGAAAAACAACAAAUGGCAUCAAAAAAACAAUUGAUUGAAUGGAAGUUGUUAGAAAUUUUGUUCAGCUCAGAGGAAGAGAAGGGAAGCAAGAUUCAAGCAUUGCUAGGAUUUAACCGUGAGGAGCUUAACCAAAAAUCUCAGAGUAUUGAGACACAUCCAGUGGAGACCAAUAGAAAUGAUAGUGAAGAGCUUUCGUCUCUCAUUAAGGAUAACAUCAUUGUUGGAAAUAUUCAAGGAGCAAUCCAAUGCUGUUUAGACGGAAACAGAUUUGCAGACGCUCUCUUAUUGUCGAAAGUUAGCGGCAACAGCGAUAUGUGGAGUUUAGCUCUUGAUCAAUACUUAAACAGCAAAGAGGGCUCUUCUAUCGCAAAAAUUAAGAACCUGAUCUUCAAAAAUUACGAUGCAGUUAUUGGAGAUGACUCUCUAGAAAAUUGGAAAGAAAAGCUUGCAAUUCUUUGCUCUGAUAUGCCAAAGAACAAGUCUUUGAUUGAUGGAAUUUUGAAGUCCUUAAUUGAGAAGGAAGAGCAACGUCUUAUCCAUCAAAACGAGCAAUCUGAAGAAGACACGUUUGGUGCUCUCGUUAGUUCCUUCUUGUCUGGUCAAAUUGAGCAAAUCUUUACAAGAUGGAUUUCUGAAUUUGAAAAGAAUGUUGAGAAUAUUCCUACAUCUAGCCCAUCCUUUGCUCUUGAACUUAUUGAUCUAAUCUCCAAGAUUGAGCUUUUGCAUUUACAUCACGUCACUAGUGCAGCCAUUUCCAAAAAGACGACAACCAUCACUUAUAUAGAGUCAAUUUUGAACCAAUUGUUGCAAAAUGGCCAUGUUUUGAAUCAGCUCUAUAUUACCUUCGCCAUGAAAUGUGUAGAAUUAGGUAGUCUUGUGGAUAUUCAAAAAACACUUCCACUUGCUCUACGAUAUUUGAAUAUUGCACUGGACCAAGUUUCAACACAAAAUUCAGAAUUGGUAAUUCCAAAAGAGUACAGCAAUGUUGAUAUUCAGGAAUUGAGAUAUCGUCUCUAUCAUUCCAUUGCCAGAGUGCCACCAAAUAUAAGAGCUCCAUCCCUACCUGCUUCUUGGGCUCCAAAGAAAUUGCAGCCUUUGUCAAAACCUGCAAAAUCAACCACAACCAGUGUAGCCUCUCCUGUUUCCACCAGUCAACCUACAGCUUCAACAACUACAUCUACAACGACUCACACAAGCCCUUCAACACAUUCUACCCGUCCUGAGUCUCCUUCAAACAGAGGUUACAAAAGAUCGGAGGUUAAAUUACUUCCUCAACCAAUGCUUGGAAAGAAUGCAACUAGUGUUUUGCCUCCAUCCAUGAACCCACAACCUGUAGUUUCUCAUACCACCACAACCACCGCAAACACUUUCAAUCCAUCCAUUGGUGGAAGUAGCAAUUUAGGUGGUGUUGCCACUUUUACUCCUCAACCUUUUAGUGGUACAACUACCACUCAUAUGGUACCUUCCUCAACAACAGCAGGUUUUAACGCUCCACACAUGAUGUCCAGUAAUUUGGGAGGUGUAGCUACAUUCUCACCACAGCCUAUGGUGAGUGGGGGCGGCAAUACAACUUUAGGAUCAUCUACCUCCUUUAAUCCUUCUCUUCCAUCGAGUGGAUCCUCAUGGCAACCUGUUACCAAUAUGCCACCAAUGCAAGAAACGAGCUUACAUCAUCAUCAGCCAAUGCCUGUUCCAACAGCACAACCUGUGGUUGACCAACAAGCAAUUUUGAAAGAAAACUUGGAGAAAUACGCUGGAAUUGACAUUGAACGAAACGUCACUGGUAAAAAUCAAGCCCUCAUUGAUGCCUUAACUCAAUGCUUUGACAAGUUAUAUGGAGGAGAAGAUAAGGGAGCAGCACAUUUAGAUAAGAAGAGAAUGAUUGCUCAAAGCGUUAAUGCACUUUUUACUCUUGCACAAGAGACAACUGAUGAGCAGCUGGUAAAUAAUCUCUUGUUGUGGACAGAACAAAUGUUGAAAUCAGAGUACACCAAUGCUGAUCAUACCUUCAAACACUUGCAAAAGGAUUAUUUCAACCAACUAAAGAAUGCCAAGAAUAUGAGAUUUUUGAUGACUUGCUUGAAGACGGCCAAACAAUAA